AGGGACACACGUCGAGGAGAGGAGAGUCCGGUCCGGACGAAGAAGAAGCGGUGUCGACGCUGAGGCAAGCAGAAUCGCACGAACUUCCAUCGCGAUCGCAUCAUAGUCGCGUAUCCUUCCCCUUCGCACGCGCGCACGAAGAAAAAAAAAAAAGAAGAAAACAAACCUUGUUAGCGCAUCCGAUUUCGCGAACCCGAUUUUUCGAUCGACGAAUUAGCGAUACUUGAAGAGCAAACCGGAAAGGCCAGCAACAACCAUGGUUUACGAGAGCGACUUCUACACGACCCGGCGACCCUACUCGCGGCCGCUCGUCUCUUCCUACAGCGUCUCGUAUCGACCCAUUACCAUCAUACCGCUCUCCAGCGUCAUUCAGUUGAGGAGCUAUCCUCACAUGCCAUAUGUGGCACACAAGAGACUCGUCACCAUAGUUCACUCGCCAAUCCAUCAUGUGUACUACGCUGGCGCUAUGAUACCGAUAAGAGUGCGAACGCGCGUGCGGCCCAGCAUCCUCACAGCUGAGCUCAACAGGAUACGCGACCUGCCGAGGCCAUCUAGUCGAUCCUACAUUGAAGAGUAUCUAAAUUCUCGAUACAACAUACUUUUCGACGAUGAGACAAGGGACAUUCGCGCGAAAGUGGAUUCUCUUCUUCGACGUGUCCAUGUGUUCGUGCCAAGAGCAGUGGCAAGGUAUCCGACGAAAAUAAAAUGCGACUUCAUCGAGGAGAUCAUCCCGGAACGUAUGCGCAGCCACGAUUAUGUCCGUCGGCUGCUCAGCGGCCGCAGCAACGCGAAGAAACAGGUCGACUAUCUGAGUUGGUACGAAGUGCCCGAUCGAGGCGCAUUUGGUACCCUGGCAUGCAUCAAGUACGUCGCCGGCAGGCCGCAGUCCGUCAGAAAACCAUACUAUAAGGUCGCGGACCUUCGGCCGGCCGACAUCCGCAACGACGUCAACUUCCUCAGCUACUACAGCAAGAAUCGUCAGGCGGCCGCGACUGCCUCCUCGGGUCAGCCAAUGACAGAACGAGAGAUGCGAAAGGUACGCGCAUUAGGCUACGACUCAACAGCCCAGGAAAAAAAAAUUCUCGUUCCGGAAUCGGAAGAAAAAUCGGAGAAAGCGAAAAAGAAGCCGGAACCGGAGGAAGAACCGAAACCGGUUCGCGAACCAGAACCCGAGCCGGAGCCAGAACCAAUAUCUGAACCAGUACCUGAACCUGUGAAAGAACCGGAACCUGUUGCGGAACCUGUGAAACCGUCGAAACCGACGAAGGCAUCAAAAUCGGCGAAAUCGGCAAAAUACACGAAAACAGCCGAGCCUAAAGUAGAACCGGAACCUGUAAAAGAACCAGAAAUCAUAAAGGAACCGGAGCCCGAGCCGGUGCAGGAACCAGAACCUGUUUCAGAGCCGGAACCGGAAAUGCCAGCAGAUGUGCCAAUCGAAAGUAUAGAGGCCGUAAGUGAUGAAGCUAAGGAAGAAAAGGUGAAGCAAGACAAGGAAGAUGCUAUGCGGAGGGCCGAGGAGUAUCUUGCUAAAGCGGCUAGAGAAGCGCAAUCGGAAGAGGAAAGGCGGAAGGCAGCGGAGGAGGAACGCUUACAGCUUGAGUUGGAGGAGAAGAAAGCGUGGGAGGCUCUGCAGCUUGCACAGGAACGGAAAGCCGAUCUUUGCCAGAUACUGGAAAUCGAGCAGCAAGAAGCUGAGAGGAAAGCAGAAGAGGAAAAGUUACAAGCUGAACACGAGGAAACGAAGAGAAUAGAAGACGAGGAAAGAAUAAUCAACCAGGCGAAUAUCGACGCGCUUAUACAGGAGCAAGAACGAUUAAUCGUCGAGGAGCAUCUUGAAGAAAUUCAAAAGCAAAAGCAGGAGCAGGAAGAAGCGGAUGUCACGCAGUUUGUAGCCAAUGAAAACAAAGAUGCCAGCUGCGCCGAGGAUCUGGCGGAUCUUGGCGAAAUAACUGAUCAAGAAAAGGAAGAGAAACCUUAUGAUGUUACCACGGAUGACGAAACACGGGUCGAAGAAGAAAAUGUCCACGAAGAGGAGCCCGAGAUGACCGAAGAUCCGUUCGUUGAGGAGCCAGAAGGGGCCGAGAGCAAGCCGCAAACAGGACCGACGGCAGCUGACGACGGACAGGUCGAGGAGGUUACUUCCGGCGAGGAAUUCGAAUGGGGUGAUCAAGACUCGUAAUUGGUUCGGUCCGACCGGUUCGGAUCGUUUCACGGCAUCGAUGGACCACGUUCCUUUACUGUCGUCAUUAAUUGUUAAUAUAACAUAUCUUCGUCUAUCAUCCUGUCCGCGAAUGUCAUUUAAUCCAUCACCAAUGCAGAUAAUCACCAAUUGGUGACGCGACAAAGAAAUUUUAAUUAAUUUCUUUUUUAUUAUAACUCUCUAUUUAUUGAUUCUUUCUAUUUAUUUAUUUGUAAAAUAUACAUUUCGUAUCCAAUUUCACGUUCAUCAGCGCACAUUUCGCAAUCAAUUUCACGCGUCACAUUGUUAUGAUCAUAUUAGACAAACUCGCGGAUCGGUAUUACAAGUUUAAAACCGUGGAAUUUCUGAUAGCUAUUUUUUUAUUAGCUAAUCUCAGAAGAACCGAUCGGAGACUCGGCUAUGAUCUCCGUACGAUCUGUGUGAGUAUUUAUAUUAUUCAUUUCAUUAUUGAUCGCGCAUCUUUUUCACAUUAUAUCGUCGAAGAGCGGCAACCCGUAGAUCGAGUCUGACACACGUAUCGAUUUCCAUUGGUCUGCCGACGGUGGUGAUUCGUUUAUAGUCUCGGAUAGUAAUCGGGUAGAAAUAUCGCGACGUAUUUUAGCCGUCCAUUCGGCAGUCGAGCUAGCUUUGUCGUCUAUUUUUACAGUAACAGCUUCGAGUUUCAGCCAUGAAAUUGGUUUGAUUGCGAUUGUCCGAGCGAUUGAUCAGAAGAAUGAGAAUUCCGGAAAUAAUCGUGAGCACGAUUUGAGAAUUAGUGGCCCUCUCACGAUUCUCGUCGGAAAGUGGCUGGAGCCUUCUGAUAUUUAUGUAUUAGUAUUACUUAUUUAUUAAAAAGAUACUACACACGUAUAUUAUAAGAGUGUUGUAAUAAUAAAAAUGGUUCAAUAUGGAA